AUGUCUGACGAAGACAUUGAUUCAAAUAAAUACAGCAAAUUGCGAGGUAUCUAUAAGUACUACAUCGAUUCAUACAAUGCAUUGUAUCAGCUAAAAACUGGAAAAGACGAAGAAUUAAACGAGAUUUACAAAAUGAUCAAAACAGAAUUGAUUGAUUCAAAGAAAUAUCCACCUAAUAGGAUCAUAGAAGAUAUUUCAAAUAUCAUUCCGUAUAAUAAUCGCUAUACAAAGUCAUACUUAUCUCUUGCCAAACUUAUAUAUGAUGAUUAUCAUGUCCAAGCGGUCAAUAAUGUUGCGUAUAUCUUUAAAUACUUAUUUUACAAAGAAUACGGUAUUAAAUUAGGCAAAUAUGAUUUCGAAGAUGAGGAUUUUAUAAUUAAUAAUCUGGAUAUUCAUGCAGAAAAUACAAUUUACAGAGCAAUUAUGAAUAAUGACUUAGAAACAUUCAUCACAUUCACAGAAAGAGAAGGAUUUGAUGGAUGUCAAAGACUUAAAAGCGAUUUAUAUCCAGAUUCUGAUGAAAGAUAUUCAUUACUUGAAUUAUGUUGUUACCAUGGAGCAGUUGAUUGUUUCAAAUUUUUAAGAACGAAAUUUGACAAAGAAAUAUCUUAUACAUGUCUAGCAUUAUCAUUUUUAGGAGGAAAUCCCGAGAUCAUGAGUGAAUGUUUGAAAUAUCAAGAACCAAACAAUAAUUGCAUGAUAUAUGCAAUUAUUUCACACAACAUUGAUUUUGUUACAUUCUUGAUGAAUGAAUACAAUAUGGAGAUUGAUUUAUGUGAUUGUGGAAAUUACAAUAAUCUUGAAUCAUUUUUAGUUUAUUUGGAUCAAACUAAUGAUAUUAACAAAUGCUUUGCUUAUUCAUGGAUGUUUAAUAUUCCAUCCUUUUGCGAAUACUUCCUUUCACUUGGUGCAAAUAUCAAUGAAAAUGAUGAAAAUAGAGAAAUGGUUCUUCAUAAUGCAGCAAAAAAUAAUUAUAAAGAAAUAGUCGAACUUCUUCUUUCACAUGGUGCAAACAUCAAUGAAAAAGAUGAAGAUGGGAAAACCGCUCUUCAUUAUGCAGCAAGUGAAAAUGGUAAAGAAGCAGCCGAACUUCUUAUUUCACAUGGUGCAAACAUCAAUGAAAAAGAUGAAGAUGGGAAAACCGCUCUUCAUUUUGCAGCAGAGAAUAAUCGUAAAGAAACAACCGAACUUCUUCUUUCACAUGGUGCAAACAUCAAUGAAAAAGAUGAAGAUAGAAGAACUGCUCUUCAUGAUGCAGCAUAUACUAAUAGUAAAGAAACAGCUGAACUUCUUCUUUCACAUGGCGCAAACAUCAAUGAAAAGGAUGAAGAUGGAAAAACCGCUCUUCAUCAUGCAGCAGAGAAUAAUCGUAAAGAAACAACCGAACUUCUUCUUUCACAUGGUGCAAAAGAAUAA